AAAAAACGGAAGUACAUUUUAUAAUCACCAAAACUUGCCAUUUUAAUGAAAGCAUAUACCUAACAUACAUACUUUGAAUUAAUGUCUACCUCUAAAAAGGCAAAAGAAAGUACUCCAUAAAAUAUACUCGAUCAGAAAAUUCCCCAGAAAAAAAUGGAAGAAGAAGAACAUGGAAGCAUGAUUGAGGAGAGGGAAGAAGAGUACAUGGUUCCACCAAACAGUGGUGCUAUACAAACAAAAAGAAAAGCUCAUUUCUUAAAACCCAUAAUUUCAAACCCCAAAUUUAAGCAAAUCCGCCCUAAUUUACCUUCUUCAAACCUUCCCAACCCCCAAAUCCUGCUGAUUAAGAAGAGGGUUAAGUUCCUCUGUAAGUUAAAACCAAUUGAGGGUUGGAAAUCAUGGGUUGAAAAUUUACAGCAAAUUCAUCAACAAACUUGGAAGAAAGCGGGAAUUUUCGAUGCCAUUAAGUGUUCAACUUACCAUAUUGUGAGGGAUAAGGAGUUGAUUAUAAGAUUAGCUGAGAAAUGGUGUCCUGCGACCAACACUUUAUUUUUCUCUUGGGGUGAAUGUAGUAUUACUUUGGAGGAUGUUAUGAUUUUGGGAGGGUUUUCAGUUUCGGGUAUUUCGUGUAGAGGUGAGUUUGGUAGAACAGUAGGUGGAGAAAUCCUGCAGGAGAAGUUGAUGGAAGCUUGUAGAAGAAUUAAGAAACAAUUUAAAAGUAUUCAUGUGAGUCACAUUGCAUGGUUGAAGUAUUUUAAGGGGAAAAGAGGUGAAUUGGAGCAUGUGUCUUUUCUUGUUCUAUGGUUGUCAAGGUAUGUAUUUACAAUGAAUUCUUUCGAUAUUAUCUCGUUGAAUGCAUUCUCAAUUGCUGUUAGUAUUAGUAGAGGUACUAGGUUCGCGCUUGCCCCUGUUGUUCUUGCUUCGAUUUAUAGAGAUUUGAGGUUGUUGAAGGAUAAAAUUGUGAGGUUUAAGGGUGAAACUGAAGAUGAUAGUCCAAAGCUUGUUCUUCGGGCACAGUUUCAAUUGGUUCAUGUCUGGGCUUGGGAGAGGUUUCUGACAUUAGGUCCGAAACCCACUCCUCUUGUUAAAGGGGAGCCUAGAGUUGCUCGUUGGCACGGGAUUAACAAAUCUAAGAACUUGAGGUUUGACAUAGGAUCAUCUACUGGAGAUAAUUUCUUGUGGAGACCUUAUGCAUUACAGUUGGAGAACUGGGAACUCCCUAAGUUUUAUUGUGAUAAGGAGAAGUCAGGUUUUGUCAAUUCGGAGGUGGAUGAGCAGAUUUUAUCAUUUGUAAGGUGUUUGAGGGUUUGUGAAUUGGUAGGUGUUGAUUGUGUGGAGCAAUACCUUCCAAAUAGAGUAGCAAUGCAGUUUGCAUUGGACCAAGAUAUUCCCUUAUCUGUUCCUAGAUUGAAUGCUGAUGAUUAUCAACUCGCCUGGAAUAGCUAUGACAAACCUCUUGAUGGUUUGAAAUUCUAUUUACCUCCUCGCUCAUUUGAAGGAGAUGUAACGUUGAAUUACUCUGAUUGGUGGAGGACACCGUUGGCGUUGUCUCUCCCUGCUGAUGACUUUGAGAGGCGGAAGAGAAGCACAAGGAAACUGAGGAAAGUUUCCCAAGUUGUAAAUGCUGAUUAUGAAUGGAACAGCAAGCUAAUUCGUUCCUGUUCAACUUAUAAUACUAUGGGUGUAGUAGAUUCUCUUGGUAGUAGUAGCAGGGGAAUGCCAAUUGAAAACUCUUCAUCUUGUCAAGCUGAUGAACUUGGUGAAGAUAAUGUAAUUAAUCUGCAGGUGGGGGUGGAGGACUCAGACAAAUGCGAGGACAAUGUUGCUAUUAGGGAAGAGGUGGAAAUAAAGGUGGAUGGUAGCAAUAUGAACAUGGUUGAAGGAAACAAGUCUUCAGAGGGGAUUCAUUCUGCAAAUAAACUGCAUUUGACUUUAACAUUGCCUGCAUGUUAUCAGGCUAUGGAUUCUGAUUUUGUUGGGACUGGAAGUGACAUCCCAUCUUAUGAUUAUGUUGCUGAUGAAAAUGUGAGCUGUAGUUUGAUAAACUCAUUGAUUGGGCCAGAAGAGGAAAAAGAAAAGCUUGAGAGCAAUGGUAUUGGUAGGGAUGAAAGUUGUUUAAACUUGGGUGAGGGAAAUCAUUCUCCAAGUGAUAUUCAUCUUUCUUUAUCAUCUCCUACUUGCAAUGAGGUUAUGGAUUCAAAUGUUGUUCGGGGUAGUAGUCCCAUGCCCAAUGAAAACACUCCAUCUUGCAAAAGCAGCAUUUUAUCUCAAGCCCAAGAGCAUAUUACCAAUGAAAUUGUUUUGGCUAAUGUGACGAAUCUGCUGAUAGGAGUAGAGGAGGAUAAAGGGAAAUUUGAGUGCAAUUCUGAGGAGAAAGACAAAGAAAAGGAUAUUAGUGAAAGCUCUAUGAACUUGAGUGAGGGUACUUGUACUCAGCAUGCAGUUAACGGAAGAAGCUUAACUGAUGUAGAGCCAUUGAUGGGAUCUGAGGUGAAUACCUUGUCUAGCAUGCCAUGUCAAGAUGAACAAGGUGAAGCAAGGGAAGAUGCCAAAUCAAAGCAAGCAAACAGUUCACAGGUUGAUGUUGUGAUUCUUAGUGAUGAAGAAGAUAAUAUUGGUAUUCGUGAUCCUUUUGAAGAGUCAUAUCUAGCUGCACUCGAUGCUAGGUUUAGUAGACUCGAGAAAUUGGUUUCUGCUUUACGAGCUGCUAAGUUAAAGUCCAAAGAGGAUAGAGCUCUGCUUCGUUCUUUAAGGUAAAAGGAGAAAACAUAUCUCAGGUUAGUUAAAUUUUGAAUUUGGGGUACAGUAGUUGUAAUAGAUGACUUGUCUAGGUCGUUCAAGGCAGUAUUGCCAUUAAUGAAAUUAUAUGAAUAUGUUAUCAGAA